GCUGCCUGGAGCCAAGACGACCUCCCAGAUUGCCGCUGCCCACCGCCGCCGCCGCUGUGAGGCCCCCGGUAUGCUGCUGGGGGAAGCCCCUGAGCCUGCCCCGUGCACGCCACUGUCCGGCCUCCAUGCCAAGGAUGUGGGCCGCAGAAGGCAGAAGAAGAGGAGCCGGCAGCACCAGCGCUUCAUGGCUCGCAAGGCCUUGCUGCAGGAGCAGGGGCUGCUGAGCUCCGCCCCGGGGCAGCCCGGCCCCUCGCAGGCCCCGGGCGCCCCCCCUGCCAGCAGCUGGAGCCAGCAUCUGCAGGUCGGCACUGGCUGCGGAGGCCCGUGCCGCGAGAGGCCCACGGGCAGGGCAGCCCCGGGGCCCAGCAAGUGCGUGGCCGUGGACUGCGAGAUGGUGGGCACCGGGCCCCGCGGGCGGGUGAGCGAGCUGGCCCGCUGCUCCGUGGUCAGCUACCACGGCGACGUGCUGUACGACAAGUACGUCCUUCCCGAGAUGCCCAUCACCGACUACCGCACCCGCUGGAGCGGCAUCACGCGGCAGCACAUGCGCAGAGCCAUCCCCUUCCAGGUGGCCCGGAGUGAGAUCCUGAAGCUCCUGAAGGGCAAGGUGGUGGUGGGGCACGCACUGCACAACGACUUCCGGGCCCUCAAAUACGCGCACCCCCGGAGCCACACCCGCGACACCACCCGCGUCCCCAGCCUGCUCGGCCAGCCCGGCGCCCAGGCGCGCACGCGCGCAUCCCUGAAGGACCUGGCCCUGCACCUGCUGAACAAGAAGAUCCAGGUGGGCCGGCACGGCCAUUCUUCGGUGGAGGACGCCGCCACGGCCAUGGAGCUGUACCGCCUGGUGGAGGCGCGCUGGGAAGAGCAGGAGGCGGGCCGGGCCCCCGCCAGCCCCCAGGACUGGGGCCCCGACAGCAGCACAGACCUGGAGCAGUUCAUGGAGGACCGGUACUGGCCCGAGGAGCUGGCCCAGGAUGCCGCGCGCAGCUCCGGGGAGGCGCAGGGCACCGGCGAGUGAGAAGCAGCCGUCCGGCCUGAGUCCUGGGCUGGGCCGCACAGGGCCUUGGUGUUCCGGGGCGGGGUGGGGCGGGGCAGGGGUAGGCGGAGAGCCAAUCACCUGUCAGGUGUCCUGGGAUGGCAGUCUGUCCCAGGCUGGGUCUUGCUGGAUGCCACCUCGGCCUCCUCAGCCCGGAUAGGACUGAGAGCAGAUGGACGGACGCCCCCCGGAGGACCAGCGUGCCUGUUUUAAUCCAACUCAGGGGUUCCCCUCCGCCCUCCAAGCCAAGCUGCCCCCUCUCCCAGAGCCCCAGCCUUCAUGGAGAGCAUCCCCACCCCCACCCAGGCUGGGCCCUGUCUCAGUGAGGGCACCCCGGUGGGCUGCGGCCCCAGGGCGGUGUCUGAGCUCCUGGCCCCAAAGCUUGGGAACUGGGGUUCCUAGGGUUUCACAAAUCUCUCAAACUGUCCUCCUGCCUUGCCUCCCAUGCCAAUUGUGGGGUACUAGUGACCUCAGGACGUGGGCCUUAACUUCCACGGGGCGCGCGGACUGGGGGCAAGUCCGCGACUUUCCUCCUGAGCCCGUAGGAAGGGGGGAGAGAGGCGGCCCGCUGUCAGGGCCGGAGAGGAGUAGCCCCGACCCUGAGCGCCCAGCAGAGCUGCAGCCCCGAUCAGCGCCUGCGGUGGGCUGUGCCCGCGGUGGGGCAGGGCGGGGACGCUGCGGGCCAGGCAGUUACCCGAGGGCCUGGCUUGAGCUGCCAGCCUCUGGCUUCUCCCCUCGAGGGUGGGCCGUCCUGGGGCCCCAGGGCCCAGCCUGCCCUGUGAGGACCAAACCCCAGGUCCUUAGAAACCUGUAGCCAGUGCCAGACUGGGCCCAGCGGGAGCUUCCCAGCUUGGCCUGCGGAUGCAGGACGGGGCCCGUCACCAGGAGGGGGAUUACUGUUGGAAUCAGCUUUGCUGGCAAAACCACUUGUUCUGGAAUAA